CCGCGGCCCCAGGCUCCCAGCCCCGCGCCGCGCGCUCUUUCUCCAACACCCCAGUCCUACCCCGUCUGUCUCGCCUGCCGCUGCGCCAUGACCACCCAGCAGAUAGUCCUCCAGGGCCCGGGACCAUGGGGCUUCCGCCUUGUCGGGGGCAAGGACUUUGAGCAGCCGCUCGCCAUUUCCCGGGUCACUCCUGGAAGCAAGGCUGCUAUCGCUGAUUUAUAUAUCGGAGACGUAAUCACAGCCAUUAAUGGGGAAAAUACUAGCAAUAUGACGCACUUGGAAGCUCAGAACAAAAUCAAGGGUUGCACAGACAACAUGACUCUCACAGUGGCCAGAUCUGAACAUAAAAUCUGGUCUCCUCUGGUGACCGAGGAAGGGAAGCGUCAUCCAUACAAGAUGAAUUUAGCUUCUGAACCUCAAGAGGUCCUGCACAUAGGAAGUGCCCACAACCGAAGCGCCAUGCCCUUUACUGCCUCACCUGCCUCCAGCAGUACCCCCAGGGUCAUCACCAACCAGUACAACAACCCAGCUGGCCUCUACUCUUCUGAAAACAUCUCCAACUUCAACCACGCCUUGGAGUCAAAGACGGCAGCCAGCGGGGUGGAGACAAAUGGCAGCCCCUUAGAGUAUUCUCAGCUUCCAAGCGGCCUCGUCAUCAACAAAGAAUCUGAAGUUUACAAGAUGCUUCAGGAGAAACAGGAGUUAAAUGAGCCUCCGAAACAGUCCACUUCAUUCCUGGUUUUGCAAGAAAUUCUGGAGUCUGAGGAAAAAGGGGAUCCCAACAAGCCUUCAGGAUUCAGAAGUGUUAAGGCUCCGGUCACCAAAGUGGCUGCAUCAAUUGGAAAUGCUCAGAAGUUGCCCAUGUGUGACAAAUGUGGCACUGGCAUUGUAGGCGUGUUUGUGAAGCUGCGGGACAGGCACCGCCAUCCUGAGUGUUAUGUGUGCACUGACUGUGGCACCAACCUGAAACAGAAGGGCCAUUUCUUCGUGGAGGAUCAAAUCUACUGUGAAAAGCACGCCCGGGAGCGGGUCACGCCGCCUGAGGGCUACGAUGUGAUCACUGUGUUCCCCAAGUGACCCAGCGGGUCUGCACCGACUGCUGCUCUCCAUCCAGCCCCUGCUGCAGUUUGUUCUCUACGUGUUCUGGCUCUUUCCUCUCUUGAAAGCACCAUGCUUUUCUUGGUUUGAUCCCUGCUCAUUAACCUUGGAGUCCCCCAGCCUUUGCUAACCGACUCACACUGGCCUUGUGAUGCCUGCUUUUACACUUAAUGGGAGGUGGUUUUGUUCUGUGCCCCUUGCCAGCAUCACUGUGUUUUGUCUUCAACUCAGUUCUCUGCUGCAAGUGGACAUCAGCUAAAUCUAAACCAGACUGAAUUUAGUAUGUCUGACAUUGAUUCAUUUUUACUCAAUAAAUUUACAGACUCUGAAGCAG